UCAACCGUUAAGGUUAAAAUAGUAUACGUGUGUUUCAAACACGUAUUGUUUUAUACAGUUUUUUUUUGAAAAGAAUUUCGUUAAUUUUUUUUCCAUAAAAAAAUUAAGAAUUUAUAAUGAGAAAAAAAUUAUGGUCAAAAUGAAUUCGGAUUUUCUAGAUCUAUGGGAACGUGAUGAUAAUGAUUCGUUAGCACCGUUAUCGAAUAAUCAACAAUUAUUUAUCGAUAAAUUAAUCGAUUUGAUUAAGGAUAAUGAUGAUAAUGGUGAAAAACAUCGAACCGAUGAUGAAUCGAAAAAGAAUUCGAAAUCAUUCAACAAUGUACAGGAUUUUUAUAAAUGGUAUAACAAUCUGGAGAAUGAUAUUCAUGUUCACAAUGAUGAACGUUUUAGAAAAAUUAACGAACAUUAUCGAUUAUGUAUACAAUUAACCGGAUUAGUUGAUGAAAUUUUAGCUAGCCUAAAUCGUUUAGAUGAAGAAUAUUCAUCGGCUAUUGAUAAAACAAAAUCAUUUUAUAGUUCCUGUGAUCAAUUACUACAGCAACAGCAAAAUUUACUUGUUGCAAUCGAAGCAAUCAAUGAAAAAUUAUCAUAUUUUGAAGAUCUUGAAACAAUGUCGAAAAAAUUUUCAUCACCAACAAUGUUAACAUUAAAUGAAUCAUUAAUACCAUUAUUAAAUCGUUUAGAUGAAUGUAUUGAAUUUAUGUCAACAAAUAUUGAUAAUUAUCUUGAAGCAGGUAAAUAUCUUAAUGAUUAUCGUCGUUUUCAAACAUCAGCAUUAGCUACAAUACGUACACAUGUAAUAAAUACAUUAAAACAAACCGAAACACAAGUAAUGCCCGAAAAUGAUACUGUAUUAACAUCGAAUGAAUCGGUAUUUACAUUAUAUUAUGGAAAAUUUCAACUAAAUGCACAUCGUAUUAAAACAUUAAUGCAACAGAUUGAAAAUCGUACAAAACAAUCGGAAACUUUUACACAAUAUCUUAAUGAAUGUCAUCAAUGUUAUUUUCAAAUUCGUGAUUCAUUAAUAACACCGGUACUUACAUUAGCAAUGGAUGAAAUGAUUGAAACAUGUGGACGAAAUUUUUGUUCAUUAAUACGAUCAUCGGCAAAACUUUAUACACAUAUUUGUCGUGAUGAAUAUCAAUUAUAUUUUCAAUUUUUUACACAAAUUUCAUCAACAUUUAAUGAAUUUUUAGAUCAACUUUGUUUAUCAUUAUAUGAUAAAUUAAGACCAAUUAUUAUACAUUUAGAACAUUUAGAAUCAUUAUCAGAAAUUUGUGCAUUGAUAAAAUUUGAAUUUAUUGAAGAAAAUCUUAAUCAAGAUGAAUUAGAAUCAUUUGUUAAGGCAAUGGAACAAUUAUUACAGGAUACACAAGAACGUCUUGUUUAUCGUUGUAAUGUACAUAUUGAAAAAAAUAUUUUAAAUUAUUCACCAGCAAGUGGUGAUCUUGCAUAUCCAGAAAAAUUAGAAAUGAUGAAAUCAAUAUCAGAAACAAUUGAAACAACAACAAAUAAUGAAGAUGGACAGAAUAAAACAGGAACAUCGACCGGUAUAAUGAAACGAUCUGAUUCGGUUAGUUCGAUUAUAUCAUCAAUUUCGGAUAUUAGUUUUGUUCGUGGUUAUCAUCAUCCACAAUCCGAAUCAUCAAGAUCUGUUUCAAGUCGUGCUAUUGUUGAUUUACAUGGUAUGUGGUAUCCAACAGUUCGUAGCUCAAUAAUGUGUUUAUCAAAAUUGUAUCGAUCUUUGGAUAAAUUAACAUUUCAAGGUCUUUCACAAGAAGUAUUACUUGCCUGUAUUGAAUCAUUAGAAUCGGCAUCAAUACAGAUUCGACAACGAAAAGGAUCAAUCAAUAGUUAUCUAUUUAUUAUUAAAUAUUUAUUAAUUAUACGUGAACAGAUAACACCAUUUCAAAUUGAUCAAUCAAUCAAAGAAGUUUAUCUAGAUUUUACUCGUACAAAAACUGCCGUUAUUGAUCUGAUACAGAAACGUGAAAAUCUAUUUUCAUUAACAACAAAUAAUGCAUUGUUAAAAUUUUUAUUCGAAAGUUCACCACAAGUGAAUGAAAAAAUUAUUGAUUCACAAAAAGCAGUGGAUACAAAAAUUAAAGAAAAAUGUGAACAAUUUAUAAUAUUUUGUUAUGAAUAUCUUACUGAACAGAUUCGUCAUUUUAUUCUGAUUGAAACACAAUCAACAACAACAACAAACGAUAAUCAACAAUUGGAAGAUAUGCUAAAAUUAAAAUUACAAGAAUCGAUACAAGCAUAUCUUGAUCGUAAAGAAUCAUUAACCAAAUCAAUGUCAUUAUAUUUAGCUAAUGUUGAAACGGAGGCAAUCAUUUUCAAACAAAUCAAUAACAAAAUACAGGAAUUAUUUGAACAAUUAUCACGAAUAUUACAGGUAAAAUUUCCAACAUUUAAACGUUCAGAUUUAUCCGAUUUAUUUAUCGUUUAAAUGUUUUUGGGAUUAUGAAUAUGAUUAUGUUGUUGUUGUUGUUGUUUCUUGAUUGAAUAAAUUUUGAAUAAAAUUUCGAAACAA